CGAGAGUAACCACUUGAUGGCAUUGAUCCCAACGUACGCUUCAGAGAAAUACGCCCGGAGGCAAAGUAACGUUCUCUGGUUUCUUUGUUCACUUCCAAAAAAAGAAUGGACAAUUUCUUGGCAUCCAUUUGAAAGGACCGUACGUAAAGCAAGCCAUCCCUUUUAAGGCACAGUAAGGUGAUAUUCAGCGACUUUACUUGCACUUGGAAUCAGCAUUCGAAGAAAAUGAUGACCAGUAGGGAUAAAUGGAGGGUUUACAAGCGGGUAUGUGUCGUGUUCUUUCUGGCUGCGGUGACGUUGACGGUGGUCCAGAGAGGGGCUCCCUUCCAAAUCGAGAGGCAGGGUCGCAUGGAGGCCCCCUCCGAGGGAGGGGAGAACAGGGCCCAGCAGCAGAAUACGGGCCUCUACCCAGGGACCAACACCUUCUGGAAGGCUAGCAAGGGCAAACAAGCCGAGUCUACAGCCACCGCCACUGGCACCACGGAGGAGUCCAGCAUCACCCAGGAGCGAGCUGGCUCCCGGACCUGGGACGUGUCCAGUGCCAACUGCAGUGCCAACCUCAACUUCACCAACCAGGACUGGUUCAGGGGCUUGGAGGAGAACUUUAAGCAGUUCCUUCUGUACCGUCACUGCCGCUUCUUCCCCAUGCUCAUCAACCAUCCGGAGAAGUGCUCCGGGGAGACCUACCUGCUCAUGGUCAUCAAGUCCAUCGCUACGCAGCACGACCGCCGCGAGGUGAUCCGCAAGACGUGGGGCAAGGAGCAGGUUGUUGACGGCAAGAAGGUGAAGACGGUGUUCUUGCUGGGGACGCCGUCCAACGAGGCUGAGAAGGCCAACCAUCAGAAGCUCCUGGAGUACGAGGACUACAUCUACAGAGAUAUACUCCAAUGGGACUUCCAGGACAGCUUCUUCAACCUGACCCUCAAGGAGACCCACUUCCUUAAGUGGUUCUCCACCUACUGUGCCGACGUGCGCUACGUCUUCAAGGGCGACGACGACGUCUUCGUCAGUGUGGAGAACAUCUUCGAGUACCUGGAGGCCAGCGCCCAGGUCAAGAACCUCUUCGUUGGUGACGUGCUCUUCAAGGCCAAGCCCAUUCGCAGGAAGGAGAACAAGUACUACAUCCCACAAGCACUUUACAACAAGACCCACUACCCUCCAUACGCCGGAGGCGGUGGGUUCCUCAUGGACGCACCCCUGGCCAGGAGGCUCUACUGGGCCUCAGACUCUCUGGAGCUGUACCCCAUCGACGAUGUGUUCCUGGGCAUGUGUCUGGAGGUGCUGCAGGUCACACCCAUCAAGCACAAUGCUUUUAAGACAUUUGGUCUGGUCAAGAACAAGGACAGCAAGCUCAACCAAGAACCUUGUUUCUUCAAGAGCAUGAUCGUGGUUCACAAGCUGCUACCAUCAGAGCUCAUACACAUGUGGAACCUGGUGAACAGUAAUCUCAUCUGUUCGCAGAAAGUGGAGAUCUUAUAGCCUAGUGGGAACUCUUAACUAGGCAAGGGGAGAAGAGUUGGGAUGUGUGAGCGGGCCGGGAGGCAGAUGUUUUGACAUCCAAUUCAAGUUCUCCUUUGUUCAUAGUAGGACCCAGACAAUAUUUGAUUUAUUACAUUUCAGCAAACAUUCUUAUUCAGAGCAAUUAGGGUUAAAUGCCUUGCUCACGUCGGCAGAUUUUUCACCUAGUCGGCUUGGGGAGUCAAACCAACAACAUUUUGGUUACUGGCCCAAUGCUCUUAACCGCUAGGCUACUUUGCCUCUACUGCAUCACAGUGGAAGUAAAUUAUCUGGUGAUGUUUUUUUAUGUUCUGUUGGCGUUUUUAAAUGACUCUCAAAGUCAGCAGGCACAUUCAGAGAUGCCAAACCAAAGGGGUUUGAGGUGCUGGCAGAUAGUGUUGCAAAGAGGACAGCGAGCUGCCCCACGUUGUCAUGCAUCCCUUUGACUGUGUACUGAAAGUCAAACACCUUGUUCAUUUGGACCAGGCUUCACCUACACUGUAGUAACAUGGACCUUAUAUAAUAGCAAGAAACAAAGUGUCUCUACCUCACUAAUGUAGUUGAAAUUUCUUUUCUCGUUUAGGUAGUCAUUUGAAUAUAAUUUUGGUCAAGACAAAAUGUCUUGUAAGCAUGUUUAACCACGUCAAUAGUCAAAUAAAUAAUAAUGUCAUUUGUUUUUCUUUACAUCAAACCCUGCAGUCCAACGUAGAGAGAGAGAGACCCUUUGUUAUGGGUCACUGCACUUCAAUAAGAUUGUUCAGUUUUCAUAAAGAAUUUGGACUGUAUACUGUAUGUGUCAAUGGAUUUGAAUGUGCUGAUAUACUUGAUAUGAAUUGAGUUGAGGGUUUAUGAGAGGCUCCCGAGUGACGUAGCAGUCUAAGGCACUGUGUCUCAGUGCUAGAGUUGUCACUGCAGACCAUGGUUCGAUCACCGGCUGUGAUCGGGAGUCCCAUAGGAUGGCGCGCAAUUGGUCCAGUGUCAUCCUGGUUAGGGGAGGUUUUGGGUAGGCUGUCAUUUGUUUUUAUCUGACUUUCCUAGUUAAAUAAAAGGGCAAAUUACAUUGAAACUGUGAAACAAAAUAAACUGCUGAUAAUAUAAUCAAUAUGUUAAUUUAAUAGCCCCACAGACAAAGGGGGCAAAAGAGGUUGUUUGAUAUGUAAUUAAUUGCAGGGAAGGUAUUGGAAUUAAUGAAAAUGUGCAAAGAUUAUAGUUCCUCAUGUUUAGAGGGCAGUGAAUAUGUGUGGAUGAUGUAUAUAAAUGUUUUUAAAAAAAUCGCAAUAUAUAUAUAGGUUUAAAAAUCACAUUUGUAAAUAAAUUUCAAAAAGAAUCAUA